UCACCAGCCAAAAUCAGUUUAAAAAAAAACUAUAACAUUCCAAUGCACACUUAGGCCAAAAGUCAAUGGGCUGACUGCCGGACUAAAAGAUUCACCAGGCUCGCUAUAAACUAUACGGCGAAGAUUCACAUCGGCCGAUAUAUAAUACGGCAAAGAUUCAUUUUGGCGCGAUUUUUUCUAGGUGAAGAUUCGGCGUCGAAGCGGCGACGAGUGCUUGGCGAGCCUUAGUAGACAGGGCUAGGGUCGGACGGCUGCAAAAGAGGUUUAUACUACUAGUACUAUACUAGAGCAAUCACGUACGCAUUGACGCGCGCGUAAAGCGGCUGGGGACCAUAUCCGGCCGUUCAGUUAAGUCGCGUCGACGUCACGUCGGAAUCCAGCGCGAAAUAUCAGCGUGAGGGAAAAUGGCGCGGUCCUCGACUUGACUUCUGGCUUGACUUGACGAGGACUUUAACACUGCUGAUGCAAGUUAGUCUGAAUGCGUGCUAAAAUGUCGAAUAGAAGGCGGAAAACACCAGAGAACAUGGCGGUAGACUGUUGCCGAAGUGGGACAGAUAGAGACCUUGGCUUUGAGAAGCGCUACAUCAAUGAUGAUAUUGGUUACGGAUUGUUUACAACUGUGUCUGUCAACAGAGGGGAUUUCCUUUUGGAGUACAGGGGGGAAAGGAGUUGUGUGGAUGAAACAUGUAGUGAUGAACAGAGUACAUACGAGCCAUAUGCGUUUUACUAUGAUCAUAUGCAUAAGACGUACAGGAUUGAUGCCUCGGACAUGGAUUGCGGGAUGGCCCGUUGGAUCAAUGAUGAAUGGAAAAAUCCAAAUACCAAAAUGAAGAAAGUACUUGUUGACAAUAAUGUCCACCUUUGCCUAUUUGCACUUAUGGAUAUUGCAGCGGGAAAAGAAAUUAGAUACGACUAUGGUGUCAAAGAUCUACCAUGGAGAAAACAGGUGAUGUCCAUAAGGCCUGGAAGCACGGAGGCCAGGACAAGCGCCGAAGCCCAGCCCAUCAACACUAAGGAAACCACCACCAAAGAUCUGCAGGAGGCACAGGCCAGGGUAACCGGGCAACAGGAGGUUACCAAGCAACAGGAGUCAACUGCCAGAGAGGGUAGGAUACCUGCAUGUAUGGUCGCUGAUGCACUCUCGCAGUCAGACGGAGACGAGAGUCGUGAAAGGGAGCCGCGAGAGGGUGCUAAUCCUAAUGUUAGCAGUUAUGAACAUGAAGAGCAGGUGAUGUCCAUAAGGCCUGGAAGCACGGAGGCCAGGACAAGCGCCGAAGCCCCGCCCAUCAACACCAAAGAUCUGCAGGAGGCACAGGCCAGGGUAACCGGGCAACAGGAGGUUACCAAGCAACAGGAGCCAACUGCCAGAGAGGGUAGGAUACCUACAUGUAUGGUCGCUGAUGCACUCUCGCAGGCAGACGAAGACGAGAGUCAUGAAAGGGAGCCGCGAGAGGGUGCUAAUCCUACUGUUAGCAGUUAUGAACAUGAAGAGCAGGUGAGCUGCAGGUGUAACCAUACAGUGUGUCCCAGAAAAGUGGGGAAAAGGAAAUCAUUACGAAAAUUUCCCGUUUGAUUCUCGACCUCACUUCGGACUGCAAACUGCGGUUUUAUACCCCGAUUUGUGUUUGGAAUAUCUCAAACAACUUUUCCAACCCCGAUAAACCCAUCUUGGCCAGGUAAUCCCCUUGUCUCGAUUUCACCACCACGGG